AUGGGUGAAAAUUUGGGUGUAGAACUUAGCAAAGCAUUCAGUGAUCUGGAUAUCAAAAUGGCAGAGACCACUCAAAACAUACAUGUCAUAGAUAGUCAGAUUGGAAUACUGAAGCGAGCUAUGCAUCACACAAAUGUCGCUAGACAGGAAAUUAGUAUUCUUCCACCUGAAACCAAAGCUUAUAAAUCAGUGGGCAGAAUGUUCCUUUUGACCGAUUUAACCCAAGUCCAAAGUAAUCUUGAAGAAAAAAUAGUAGCAUUGACGACCCGCACAAAUGAACUAGAGGCCAAGAAAAAAUGCCUAGAGCAAAGUUUAAAAGAGAGCGAGCAGAACCUGAAGGAAAUGCAAAAACAACACAAGGAAAUGAAUGAAAAUCAUUCAACUUAA